GCUGGGUUUCCCGGUUCAAGAGAGGCGCAAGCUGUCUUCUCUGAAGACCAGAACAACCGUCUACUCAGGCCAGUAUUCUGCUCCUCAGGCUUCAGCCUGAUACUGUGUAACGGUUGGCACGGUGCCAGAUAGUGCUAGGAAGCAUUGAGAGCAGCUACGUUCAAGCAGGAGCCCGGCCACAUCAAGCCAGCAUGGCGCCGCACGCCGACCAACAGACAGAGUGCCUGGAUGGCCAGGAGAACGCUCACGGUAACCGCAAAAUGCCCAAGGACGAAGAUUAUGUCCAGUUCGAGUGCCUACCCGCUGGCGGUCCUCUCAAUAGAUGGUCUCAAGCGAUGACGCGAGGUCAUGAUUUCCCUGGCGCUCAGGCUAUGCUCUAUUGCGCCGGUGUUCCUGAUAGGGAGAUGAUGAAGAAUGCACCCCAUGUGGGCAUUUCGACCGUGUGGUGGGAAGGGAACCCUUGCAAUACACAUUUGCUCGAUCUUGGGAACGUCGUGAAGAAGGCUGUACAGCAACAGAAUAUGCUCGCAUGGCAGUACAACACCAUCGGCGUGUCUGAUGCCAUUACAAUGGGUGGAGAAGGAAUGAGAUAUUCGCUGCAAUCGAGAGAAAUUAUCGCCGAUAGCAUCGAAACGGUGACCUGUGCCCAACGCCAUGACGCCAACAUCAGCAUCCCUGGCUGCGACAAGAACAUGCCCGGCGUGGUCAUGGCAGCUGCUCGCCACAACAGACCGUUCAUCAUGAUCUAUGGUGGCACCAUCCGCAAAGGCUAUUCCAAGCUUCUUGACAAGCCUAUCAACAUUUCCACGUGCUACGAAGCAGCCGGUGCGUAUAAUUACGGCCGACUGCAGGCAAAAUGCAAGAAGCCUUCAGGCGAGGAGGCUACACCCUCGGACGUCAUGGAGGAUAUUGAAAGGCAUGCCUGCCCGAGUCCAGGUGCUUGCGGCGGCAUGUACACUGCCAACACAAUGGCAACGGCGAUCGAAGCCAUGGGCCUGAGUCUACCUGGCUCCUCGUCGUACCCGGCAACAUCCCCCGAGAAACGACGUGAGUGUGAGCGUGCUGCCGAGGCCAUCCGCAUAUGCAUGGAAAAGGAUAUACGGCCCAGAGAUCUGAUGACCCGGGCCGCCUUCGAGAAUGCUUUGGUGUUGACCAUCGUCCUGGGCGGGAGCACAAAUGCUGUUUUACACUUCUUAGCAAUGGCUAAUACAGCUGACGUGCCUCUUACUCUGGAUGAUUUCGACCGAGCAUCCAACCGCACACCGUUCCUCGCUGAUCUCGCGCCAUCGGGACGUUUCUACAUGGAGGAUCUGUACGAGAUUGGAGGCACUCCAUCCGUGCUCAAGAUGCUCAUCGCGAACGGCCUCAUCGAUGGCUCGAUCAUGACUGUGACCGGCAAGACCCUCGCCGAGAACGUCCGGGACUGGCCGUCUCUCCCUGCAGAUCAGAAGAUCCUCCGCCCACUGGCCGACCCGAUCAAAAAGACGGGCCACAUCCGUGUUCUCUACGGAAACAUGUCCCCCGGCGGCGCCGUGGCCAAGAUCACCGGGAAAGAGGGACUUUCUUUCACCGGCGCAGCACGCGUCUUCAACAAAGAGCACGAACUCAACGACGCCCUCGACCGCGGCGCCAUCCGCCCUGACGAGGGCAACCUGGUCCUAAUCGUGCGUUAUGAGGGUCCCAAAGGCGGUCCCGGCAUGCCGGAGCAGCUGCGCGCCAGCGCCGCCAUCAUGGGCGCGGGACUCACCAAUGUGGCUCUCGUGACCGACGGGCGCUACAGCGGCGCCAGCCACGGGUUUAUCGUCGGCCAUGUCGUCCCCGAGGCGGCAGUGGGUGGGCCCAUUGCACUUGUUGAGAACGGUGAUGUUAUUACGAUUGAUGCCGUGGCGAACCGGAUCGAUAUCGUCAAGAUUGCCGGCAUCGAUAGUCCGGAAGGGGUUACUGAGGAACUCGAACGCCGCCGCAAGGCAUGGACGCCGCCCAAGAUGAAGCCCAUGCGCGGCACCCUUGCCAAGUACGCCAGGCUCGUCGGGGAUGCGAGCCAUGGGGCUGUGACGGAUGUGGGUGGAUCUGCUUGGUAGAGGCAGUUGCAACGACCUCGGGGCAUUACCUUCGUCGUCUUGUCAGUUGGUUAUCCUCGUGAGGCAUUGUUCAUAGAAAUAGAGCUCACGGAGCGUCGGACAAGAGAGCCGGGUCGAGGCGCCAUGGUGAUGCAUGAUAGAUGCGGAAUAGACGGCGACUUUGGAGAGGGGUCAAUAUCCUGUUAGGCGUUUACCAGCUGAGUACAUCACAGGAACGGUUGGGUGGGAAGGCGGUGCUUUAGGCUCAGUUGGGGGGUUGGCAGGUAGAAGAUUGGUAUCGCAAGAGCCGGCUGUC